UGACCAUUCAAUGUACAGUUCAUGAAGUGGAUGUAAUUGGCCAUUCAGGGGAAUUGGUUGGAAAGUCAAAUUCAAGCAUUCAAGUCACAGACACCAUCAAUGGUAACAUCUCAUUGAGUUCCAGUGCUUAUCCACAGUGCAAUAUGAGCAACCCUUCCUGUAGUAUACCUACCAAAACAAAGCUGACCAUGGAAGCAGAUCUCCAUGACCCUAGCUAUUUCUUUGAGGAGGCCGUUCUUCUCUACAAAUGGAACAUGGGUAAUGGGAUGAUCAUACAGUCAUCAUUGCCUGAGUUGACCUACAGCUACCCCAAGAAGGGAGAUUAUAACAUCACAGUGAACAUCACAGCCAUCAAGGAGGAGAGGAAGAUGGUCGGUGUCUGGUGGAGAACUAUAAGGGUUUUAGAUGCCAUUACAAAUUUAACAAUUAAAAGUCGAUCGUCUUCGGUACAAGUCGGCAACAAAGAGACUGUCAAUGUCACCUGCAAUGGAAGUCCACCAGUUGAGCUAUGUUUGACCGUUGAUGGACCGUCCAGUGAUUGGUCAAACCAAACCAACACCACCUGUGUGAUGGUGCUCAAUGAUACGUGUCAUACCACUAUCAACUACUACUUCCAAUCAUUAGGAGAGUAUACAUUCCAGGCAGCAGCCAGUAACAAUGUAAGCUUUGCAGUCAGUGUAUCUACAAUACAUGCACAUGCACCACCAGCCCUCCCAGCCCAGUCCAUAACUGCAAUAACAGUGGCCGUCAUUGCUGGACUCUGCAUGACAAGUUUUGCUCUCAUCUCCUUCAUCCAACACGUACGCAAGAACAGGAAACGUAACGUAGAGGUCGCGAACUUUGACUUCCAAUUCCGGGAGCACAGCGAUUCGUUUGUGAAACUGAAGACGAGUAUCUUUGGAUGGAAGAGAUAUAUCAGUGAGAAGAGUCUUUUGAAGGAUAAUUCCAGCUCAAACUUUUAUUCCUUGUGAGUGGUAAUGAUACAGGGAGUUUACAGAGAGAUAGUUGCAAGCUUGACCUGCAUAUAAUGUUCCCAAACGCUCAUUUAGUCUGGUUUCCAGGACUAAAGAGCUAAUGAGUUUGUCCUAAUACGUAGAAAUGUCAAAAUCCAUAAACCCUUGUCGUAGUCGUGUAUGUAGAUAAUAUCAUCACCACAGCUGAGAACAGGGUUAGUGCUCAUAGACAGAGAGAGGUAGAGAGAGAGAGAGAGAGAGAGAAAGCAAAGGAAUGAGGGAGGAAGAAAAAGAUGUAUUUUCUGUAGUGCAUACUUUCUACUAUGAGCUACUGGUGACAUGAUAGAUCUUUCCUUUUCGAUGAGAUCAAAAUAAUUCAAACAGUUCAGCAAACAACGGAUAAAAGAUUAUUUUUACCGAAGGAAAGCAGGCUUGGAACAUGCAGCAGGUGAAGGAUGCAACCCUGUGGAGGAUGUGUGCAAUCCGAAGAAGUAGUGCCAUUAGUAGUUUGAAAUAGUGAGGGUCGGGAGACCAGUAAUGGAUGAAGAUAUGGAGUGGGAUUUCAAGGAAUACAUACAUACCCACGGACAGGCCUAUCGUCUAUCGCGGUAGGAAUUUAUUCCUUGAAAUGCUAGAGCGCCGUAUGGUAUCCAUGCUAAAGCCAGGAUAAUAAUCGGGAGCACCAGGAGGGUCAAAUCUGACUGAUAUGAGCGCUAUACAAGAACCCAUUAUUAUUAUUAUUAUUAUAUAACUAGGAGCAGAACAAAAUAGCCGAGUUAGUCGUUGAGAACAAUCUGCUUAGAAUUUGAAAUCAAUGACUAAAUCAGUAACUCCGUCCUUCAAUUGUGAUUUUGUAUGCAAGCUUCUCUCCAUUUGUUUUGUAACUUGAACUUGGACUGUUUUGUACAUUAAAGUUUCAGCCUUUUCACUUUACUUUAACGAAUACCACAUGUUAAGAUUCUAAGCUUCUGAUUGGUCAAAACUGCAGGCGUGACAUUCAGUGGGCAGUAAAGCGAUAACAUUUUGACUUGGCAUAGUUCCAAACGCACAUACAAUGGAGGGACGCUAUAGAUGCCCGUGAAGUAUACAAUGGAAGUGCACAGUGGAUACAAACAUUUCUUUUAGAUAAAUUUCCCCACAUUUUCAAAUACAUCAUGAAAGGGAGAAUUAUUUCAUUGCCUUUUUGAGAAUCCACAAGUGGGAUGCAGUAUAUAAAACCAAUAUUGACUGCUGAAUUUUGGGGUCACCUUAAAACUAUAGCUCUUUGGUGAUCUGGAGCCUGCACUAUCGGUAUGUCCCUUGUUAACUUCCUCUCAGAGCACAGUACAGUUUCAAGAUCACCUUAGCAGAAAUGCCAACCAGUACGAUUAAAUUGUAUUGAGUACGAUAAUAAGAGUGAACUACAAUAAUACAAUAUCACCUCUUAAAAUACGAUUUAAAAACCCAUAAAAACAUGUACAAGUAAACCACUC